CGAGCGACGAAUAGUAGGCAUCUACGCGAGGGUGUGUGUGUGAUUCUGGUGCGUCAUAUAUAAUGACCCGGUUCAUUAUUCCAUCGAGCAUCCAGAGACUAGCCGAGCCGAGAGAAGCAAAUAGCAAAUAGAAGCAAUAGCAGCUGCUGCUGCUGCUGCUCCUCUAGUCCUAGGCUUCUUCCCUCAGGCCCCCUCGCCUGCCCUGGCCUGGGCUUCCCUUCCCUCCCCUCCCCUGCCUCCUCCUCCUGAGAUCUGACGUGUCGUUUCCUAUUGCUGUCCGCCUUGUGCUCAUGGAUUUAAAGCAGUCUUGAGGCCCAGUCCCGCAAGAGCAGGAACGAAGGACUUUCAAGGAAGGAAGGCAGGCAGGCAGGCUUGCUUCUGAGGAGGAGGAGAGGGAGGGAAGAGAAUUGGUCCCAAGAACUGUGAGCAAGCUGCUGCUGCUGCUGCUGAAGGACAAGAGAACCAACUGUGUUGGGAGAGCUGAAGUUUGGGGGGUGGGGGGGAGGCCUGAUGAGAGGAGGAAGGAAGGCGGGGGAGGAGGGGGCAGUGGACGAGAGAAAGUUGGGGGGAGAUGAUGCUUGAAGAAAAGGUGGUGCUGCUGCUGAUUGCCUCGUUCCGCUGUGUGCAACACAGAUUGGCUUGAUUGGAUUUGAUUUGAUUGACUGAUUGGCUUCUCCUUACUACUCCUCUUCUUCCUCUUCGUCUUCGUCUUCUUUCGUCCUUUUCUUUUCUUGGAACUCUGGAGCGAGUCACAGAGUCGAGUUCUUAUUUCACCGCUCGUCUCGUUUGGUUUGGCUUCUUUCCUCGGCUUCUCUUCUCGUUCUUCUCUUCUCUUUGCUUUUCAUUUCGUAUCUGGAGUAAGUAGACUCGUGCUUCGUUCUUGGCUGCCUGUGUGCUCGUCGUCUUCUCCUCUGGGCGAGGCUUUUUCUUUCUUUCUCUCUCUCUCCAUUCACAGCAGCCAGCGCGGAUUUUUGCUUUUCUAUGCAAAGCAAGAAUCGAACGCAUUCGCGUAUCGGACGGAGGGCUGAUCCGCGCAUUCGUCAUAUCGGGAUCCUCUCGCUCUUUGGGUCUGGGUUUUGGUCCGAGGUUCUGGAAGGAGGCGAGCACUACUCUAGUGGUCUUUCUCGUUCUCGUCACAGUGCUUCAAGAAAGCAAGCUGGCUGCCAUGUCGUUCAAUUUCUUCAAGCAAUUCAAGCUAAAGUCGCCAUCGGAGCUGGUCAAGGUGACCAGGGAGGCACUCUUGGCGCUUGAUACUAAAACCGUGGCUGAAGUCCGACUCCUCGAGAAGGCCCUGGAGGAGGUAGAUAAAAAUCUUGUGGCUAUGAAGCAUAUGCUCUUGGGCGAGGGUGAUGCCGAGCCGAAUCCCGAGCAGGUUUCUCUGUUGACCGUCGAGGCUUGCAAGGAUGACUUUCUGGAGCUCCUAGUUCAAAAGCUGCCUUCCCUGGGCUGGGAUGCGAGAAAAGAUUCCGUUAAUAUAUGGUGCACGCUGCUGAGACAGAACGUGGGAGGUAGACAAAGUGGUUUGGAGUUCAUAGAGAAGCAUACUGAGCUGCUCGACUUCCUUGUCUCAUGCUAUGAAACGAAAGAGAUUGCACUCAAUUGUGGAAACAUGCUACGAGAAUGUGCCAGAUAUCCGAGCCUAGCCAAGUACAUGCUUGAGUCAGCCAGCUUCGAGCUUUUCUUUAAAUACGUGGAGCUUCCAAACUUCGAUAUCGCAUCUGAUGCCUUCUCCACCUUCAAGGAGUUGUUGACCAGACAUGAGGCGAUCGUCUGUGAAUACCUCACCACUCACUACGUCCAGUUUUUCAGGUUAUACGACAGACUGCUUGGUUCGAACAAUUACGUGACUCGAAGACAGUCUCUGAAACUCCUCGGUGAGUUUCUCCUCGAGCGUGCAAACGCCCCAAUUAUGAUGCAGUACAUCUCAGAAGUGCAUAAUCUGCGUAUCAUGAUGACACUCAUCAAGGACCCAAGCAAGAACAUCCAGUCAUCAGCCUUCCAUGUUUUCAAGGUCUUCGUCGCUAAUCCGAACAAAACUCCGGCCAUUGUAAAUAUAUUGUACAAAAACCGAGACAAGUUGCUGAGGUUUAUCGAUAACUUUCAUCUGGACAAAGAAGACGAGCAGUUCGAAGAGGAGAAGGAGUUGCUUAUCAAAGAGAUCGAGUCUCUCCAACCACUCGGGCAUUGAAGGACGGCAGUAUGCCAAUCAGCCAGCAGUCUAUCAAUUUUAUGCGAUCCUCCCCCCUCAUCUAACCUAGGAGGUCAUCAUGGCUAUCUUGCACUUCUCACUGAUGCAGCGCUUCAACAGUUAGUCAGCUAAGCUUUACGUAGGGGUUUUAUCCUCCUUGGGACUCACUGCACCCUUUUAAAACUUGGAAGUAACCUGUUAAAGAAAUGAACAUCCUCCCAGUCACGUCUUCAGUACCAUACAUUGUCCACCGUAUCUUCGAGAUCUUUGCCACUAUAUGGAGAUAGCCGAGUACAAUAGCAAGGGACAGGGUCCGUCCCAUUAAUUCUCUAUUUUUUUGUCAGAUGAAAUAGGGACAAAGAGAAGCUUUUAGAGCCCCUUAGAAUUUUGGGGUGUUAAACCACAACGUUUCACGUCAGGGUAGCUCUGCUGAAGGCCUUAGCAUCGAAGCUUAUAUUUGUAAUUGUUAUUUGGUGGUCCAUUCUCCCCGUAGGUUAGGUUUAGCAGGCUCCAGGAAUUAGGGUAUAAGAAGUAUAGGUUGUCGAGCAGUUUUUGAGAGACGUGGACCAUUCAAGUAAUUUUGAGAUCUGCAAUGAGUAAUGCAAUCUGCAUCAUCCACCACAUGUCAUAGUGGAAGGAGAAUGUGUACAGGCUUGAAACCUAAGACUGGCUUGCUUCUAUGCUGUGAAGCUCGAG